UAUGCACGUGUUAAGCUAAUGAAAGGUGCCUAAUUAAGAGACAAAAGAAAGGACCCAUCUUAAUCCAGACGGAUUGCUUCAAAAAGCUCUCGGUCAAAAAUACACCAAAGGCAUAAUAAUAAAAAAUCCCCCUUAACACCCGUGAACUAUCAACAUGCUGGCCAAUCAUCUCUUUCUGAGGUUUUGCCUGUCCACUUAAAGCCAAAAUCCACUCCCCUUCAGUUCACAGGCACAAGAAGAAGAGAGUAACAAGAAUCAUAGCUCUCAGAGAUAGAACCUUUCAAGUUGCAUCAUGAUGCUGAAACUUCCCUUCUUGUUCAUCUUUCUCUCUUUCUCUUUGCUUGUUGAUUCAAAACCAACCUCCAACAAUGUUACAGUCACAGUCAUCGGCUCCGUCUUCUGUGAUUCUUGCUCCGACAACGCCUUCUCCAAACGAAGCUAUUUCCUCGAAGGCGCCAGAGUACAAAUACAAUGCAGUUUCAAAGCAAACUCAAUGUUCAUCGCAGCCAACACAACCACUGAUCAGUAUGGUGUUUACAAACUCAACAUCCCUCGACUCACUGGAUUCAGAUGCAGGCAAGGCCAAGUCAAAAAGUCGCAAUGCCAAGCAGUCCUGAUCGAGAGCCCCUCCUCUUUCUGCAACGUCAUGGGAAUCCGAAGAUCGACAACUCAGAUAACUAUCAAACCAAGGAAAUCCAGGCUAUGCAUCUUAAACUUGAACACGAUGAACUAUAAGCCACCUAAGAGGGAUGUAACCUACUGUGGUGCUAUUAAAAAGCCACAGACCGCCAGUUUGGAUUCAUCUUUGUUCUUCUGGCCAUUGAUUCCUCCGUUCUUGCUUCCUUGGUUACGUUGGCCUCCUCUUCCUUUUGCUUUUCCGCCGCUGCCUUUCCCUUUCAAUUCCAUUCCGUUGCCUGAUCCAUCGUCUCUGCCAUUUUCUCUACCUCCAUGGCUCCUUCCGUUCUUGGAUCCCUCGUCUCUUCCCUUCCCAUUUUCGCUCUUCCCUCCAAUGACAAUGCCUCCUAACUUUCCUACUCCUCCCCCCUUUCCUCCCGAGCGACCGUGAUCAAGACUCCUGUUCAUUUUAUGUGAUGGCUCAAUGAAUGUUCUGUUUAAGUUAGAUGUUUGUUGUAUGAUUUCUUUUUGCUGAAACUAGAAUUUAUAUUACUAGUUCAAAAAGUUUGUUA